GUUUUUUUUUCAGAAAUUCGAAAAGAAUUGGGGGUAAAAAUGGGGUCGGAGAGCACCUCUCUACGCGGAGGCGGGAUUGAAAACAGCAGAAAGGGCAACGAGACUCAGGUGGUGUUGAAUGUCUACGACCUCACCCCCCUCAAUAAUUACACCGUCUGGUUCGGUCUCGGAAUCUUUCACUCCGGUAUUGAAGUCCAUGGCAAAGAGUACGGUUUUGGAGCCCAUGACUUCCCAGUUAGCGGAGUUUUUGAAGUGGAACCAAGGAGCUGCCCAGGUUUUAUUUAUCGAUGUUCCAUUCAACUUGGCCGCAUAAAUAUGCCUCCCUCUGAAUUUCGGACAUUUAUUGAGAAUGUUGCGGCAGAGUAUCAUGGGGAUACCUAUCAUCUCAUCACCAAGAAUUGCAACCAUUUCACAGAUGAGAUGGCAUUUAGGUUGACAGAAAAACGGAUUCCUGGAUGGGUGAAUCGGCUUGCUCGUCUAGGUGCCUUAUGCAGUUGUCUUCUCCCCGAAAGCCUUCAAGUGACCACUGUUAAACAAAUACCUGAAUACCAUCACGAGUCAGAAGAUGGUACUGAAACUCUAUCAAUCACAACGCCUCGUGAGUCAGCGGAAGUUGAUGACGAUCAAGAAAAACGCCUGCUGUCCCCACUGGCUUCACUUUCACCGGUGGCGGGAAGUGGAGAUGUAACUUUUGUUAAAGAGGCUCAAAAGUGAAACAAACCCUCAACUUUUGCAGAUAGAGGAAGGAGUCACCCUUCGGGAAAAGGGCGGUUUGGCCAGUUAUUGGUGUGACUGUCAUUGUUAUGGAUGCCUUACUUGGAAGGAAAGUACAUGCAACUCUUUUCCAAAAGAAAGCCUCAAUUGUAUUCAUUAUCUGUGUGCACAAGCGUUCAACUAGACGCUUGUUUUUCUACUAUUUCGGCCAUUUUUUAUUUAAUUUUUUUAACGGAGGAAUCCGAAAUUAGGUCAUAGUUUGGUAUGAUUUGUGAUUUGUGCACGAGGGAAGGGAACUGUUUUUGCAAGUGGAAACGAAUCUGAGUGUUUUAGUCUUUGAUUUCUUCUGUAAUUUUUUCAAAUGUUGGAAUGAUGCUAUAAAUUGUUUCAUUUUGUCUCGCAAGAGUACUCA